UGAUUUGAUUAACUUAAACAUUGGAAUGGAUUAUGUCAAUAUUAUAAUUAUUUAAAUUGGAAGACACCCACGUGGUCACAAACAUAGUACGGAUUUUAUCCUAAGUUGUUUUUUGUCCUUGUCCUUUGUCGGAAUGAACGCAUGACAUGAGUGAGAGAAAAAUAAAAUAAAAAUAAAAAAUAAAAACAAAAGAAACAUCAUCAUCAUCAUCAUCACCACAAAACAAAAAGACUCAGAUUGCGUUACAGAGAGAGAGAAAAGAAACCUCGGAUCCAAAUUGUUCUUCUUUUGAAACUCUAACAUCAACUACCUCAUCUAUGAAUGUGGAUUGAGAUCACCACCCUCACCCACUUUGUCUUUUUUGAUUGAAAGCUAAGUUUCCUUCCCCUUCUCUUUCUCUUUCUCUUUCCAUCAGAUUGGUUAAGUGUGCAUGUGAAGACAUGGACCAUACCCUGAAAGUGUUUCUUAAAGACCCAGCAAAAUUCCAUGCCUCUGUUGUUUCCUGAACACACACUCCCUUCAACGCCAAUGCCAUCAUGAUUAUUGCAAUUCAUUGAUUAUUUCCCAUUUGGUGGGGUUUCUUUCUGGGAUCCUAAUUUCUGAGCUUGGAUGCAAUGUGGGUUGAAUUAGUGCAUUAUUAGGUGCCCUACAUGCCAGGGUGUCUCUCUUGGAUCUUCUAGACAAUGGCAUUGUUCCGCAAGUUCUUCUAUAAGAAGCCCCCUGAUGGGCUUCUAGAAAUUACUGAAAGGGUUUAUGUCUUUGAUUACUGCUUUACCACGGAUGUUAUGGACGAAGAUGAAUACAAAGUGUAUAUAGGGGGUAUAAUUAGGCAACUUCGUGAUCACUUCCCUGAUGCUUCAUUAAUGGUGUUCAACAUGCGGGAGGGAGAAAACCAAAGCCAGAUAUCAAACAUUUUGUGCGACUAUGAUAUGACUGUGAUGGACUAUCCUCGACAAUAUGAAGGUUGCCCGUUACUUACCAUGGAGAUGAUCCACCAUUUCUUGAGAUCAGGAGAAAGUUGGCUUCAACUUGGGCAGCAAAACAUUGUCUUGAUGCAUUGUGAACGAGGCGGGUGGCCAGUUUUAGCAUUUAUGCUAGCUGCAUUCUUGAUAUACAGAAAGCUAUUUACUGGAGAGCAGAAAACACUUGACAUGAUAUACAAGCAAGCUCCUCGGGAACUUUUGCAGUUGAUGUCGCCGUUGAAUCCAUUACCUUCACAAUUUAGGUAUCUACAGUACAUAUCAAGAAGAAAUGUUGGUUCAGAAUGGCCUCCUCUUGAUAGAGCACUUACAUUGGACUGCGUGAUUAUAAGACUCAUUCCUAAUAUGGAUGGAAAUGGGGGCUGCCGUCCUAUAUUUAGAAUAUAUGGACAGGACCCUUUUAUUCCUGCUGAUAGGACUCCCAAAGUUCUCUUUUCAACUCCAAAAAGGAGCAAACUUGUUCGGCAUUACAAGCAGGAUGAAUGUGAACUGGUUAAGAUUGACAUCCAUUGUCAUGUUCAAGGAGAUGUUGUUCUGGAGUGUAUUAGUUUGGACAGUGAUUUGGAACGUGAACAAAUGAUGUUUCGGGUGAUGUUCAAUACGGCAUUCAUAAGAUCAAAUAUUUUGAUGCUUAACCGUGAUGAAAUUGAUAUGUUAUGGAAUGCUAAAGAUCAGUUCCCUAAAAACUUUAGAGUAGAGGUUCUUUUCUCAGAAAUGGAAGCUUCAUCUUCUGUUAUUUCAAUCGACCUGCCUCGUAUUGAGGAGAAAGAAGGCCUACCUGUUGAAGCAUUUGCUAAGGUUAAGGAAAUUUUCAGCAACGUUGACUGGCUAGAUUCGAAGACAGAGGUAGCAAGUAUGCUCCAACAGAUCACGGCGUCCAAUAUCCUCCUUGAAAAAUUGGACAGUGGGGUUUCUUCUCCAACAAGUAGCUUGCUAAAGGAGUCAUUGUCUGGAAGAUUUAAAUUUGAUUCAAAGACACAGAAUGAUACGAUGAAUCUGCCUUCUGCGAUUCAGAAGAAUCUUUCUGAGUCCUCAUUGGAAUUAUCUAGGGAUGCCCCUAUGGAAAAGAAGAUACAACCAUUAGAAUCAAAGGCAUUGUCAGAAAACGACAACAAGACUCUUGCAUCUCUAAGUCAGGGGGAUCAACCUAUUCCUACAUCUGGGCUCUCAAGAGAUUCGGGUUCUGCUAAAAAGGAGAAUGAAUCAUUAGAAUCAAAACAAUCAUUUGAAAAUGAUACCAAAUUUCCUACUUCAAUGGUUCAGGAGAAACAAUCUAUCCCCUUAAUUGAACCAUCUAUAGAUCCAAAUUCAGUGAAAAAGAAGAUUGGAUCACUGGAAUAUGAGGAAAAGGAUAUUGUACCACUAGCAUCAAAGGCAAUGUUGGAAAAUGACACCGUGUUUCCUGCUUCUGAGUCUCAGGGAAAACAAUCUACUCACUUACUUGAGCAAUCCAACAAUGCAAGUUCAAUUAAAAAUAAGAUUGGACAGUUAGGAUCAAAGGAAACAGAGAUUGGAUCAUUAGGCUCGGAGGCAUUGUUGCAAAGUGAUAAAGAACUCAACUCUGAACUGAAGACACUUCCUGAAAUUGAUGUUGGAAGUCCAAUUUCUGCAGUUCAGAGUAAGCUCCCUCAGUUCUCAAUUGAAUCCUCUAGGGAUGCUACAAAGGAAAAGAAUAAAGAACCUUCAGAAUCAAAGGCUUCACCAGAAAAUAAUAUCAAGACUCUUGCACCCACGGGUCAGGGUAAACAACAUAUCCCCACAUCUGGACUCUCAACAGAUUCAAAUUCUUCCAAAAUGCAGAUUGAAUCAUUAGAAUCAAAGACAUCGGUGGAAAAUGAUACCAAGUGUCCUCCAUCUAUUGCUCAGGAGAAACAGUCUAUACCCUUAAUUCAACCAUCCACGGAUGUAAAUUCAAUGAAAAAAAUGAAUGGACAAUCAGAAUCAGUGGUGUUGUCAGAAAGUGAUACCAAGAGGCCCACACCCACAGUUCAGAGGAAACAAAAUAGUCCCUUACUUGAAUCGUCCACUGAUGCAAUUAAAAAGAAGUUUGAACCUAAAGAAUUACAGGUUUCUCUUAAGCUCCCCACCCAAUCUAAAAUAAUUUCUCCACGGCUGCAUCAAGCUAAUAGAUCUGCUCCUGCUUCUUAUUCUAACUCCUUGCAAGGGUCACCUGUUGCUAUCUCAAGAUAUCAUAGUGCACCAUCAGCUCUUGGAAUUACAUCUGUGUUGCAGGAUCAUACACCGACCGAUAUUAAAGAAGUCACUCAUGCAAUGACAGUAUCUCCAGCUUCGACUUUGCCUCCCUCAGACUCAAAAGAGUCAAAAUCUAUAGAGCCUAGUUCCACAAGUGUUUGCCCAGCUUCAUCACCAGCACUUCUUCCAUCUUUACCAGUAAAAUCUUCAGGGGAUGCUCUUGCUUCAGUGGAGAAGACUUUUAAACCCCUUGCUUCUGCUCCUCCUUCUAAAUGUGAGCCUAAUUCAGAAUUGGCACAAUCUGUUGUUACAAAGCACUCCGAAAAUAAAAUGGAUGAUAACGGUCAGAAAUCAUUGGUCAUGCCUCCUCCUCUUCCUCCACCAGCCCUUCCUUUUGAUGCUAUCCAAAGCUCUCUUUCAAUGCCUACUCCUCCAACCCCAGCACUUUCUUCUCCAUCUUCUGCCAUGAAGAGCUCACAUUUAUCCCAUCCACCACCCUCUCCCCUUCCGGAAACAUCUCCUUCCACUGGCAAAGAUACAUUUAAAGGCCCUCCUACCCCACCACCUCCACCUCCUCCAUCCUUUAGUGGACAGAAUUCAUCUUUAACACCUCCUCUUCCUCCAUAUCCUACAGGACAAACUUCAUCAUCUUCAAUACCUCUUCCUCCUCCUUCUCCAUCUUCUACAAGGCAGACUUCAUCAUCUUCAAUACCUCCCCCUCCUCCUCCUGCUCCAUCUUCUACAGGGAAGACUUCAUCAUCUUCAAUACCUCCUCCUCCUCCUCCUUCUAUGUCUGGCCCUCCUCCCCCACCUCCACCUCCUAGACAUUCGGGCACAACACCUGGUUCUACUCCUACAUCAAUAGUGUCACCACCACCACCACCUCCUCCUCCUGCUUCUGCAUCCCAAAACUCUCUGUCUAGGAACCCGACAAAUCCUCCGCCUGUGCCCCCGCCUCCUGCCGCACCUGCGAACGGAUUAUCAAAAUCUGGCGCACCCCCACUGCAGCUUCAUACUGGUGCUGGAAAUGGAAAUGUGCCUCCGAUUCCUGGACCACCUUCUGGUGCUCUCUUUGGUGCAAAGGGACGUGGCUUGUUGCGACCUAAUCCAAAAAUUCAGACUCAAACUAAAAGGAACAAUCUGAAACCUUAUCAUUGGUUAAAAUUAACAAGGGCCAUGCAAGGUAGCUUAUGGGCUGAGACACAGAAACUUGAUGAAGCUUCUAGGGCUCCAGAGUUUGACAUGUCAGAACUUGAGACAUAUUUUGCUGCAGUUGCUCCAAAUUCUGAGAAAGGAGGAAAAUCAAAUCGCCGUGUCUCUGGGCAAAAAGCUGACAAAGUUCAAUUGAUUGAGCUCAGGCGGGCGUAUAACUGUGAGAUCAUGCUCACAAAAGUCAAAAUCCCGUUGCCUGAUUUAAUGAGUGCUGUGCUUGCACUGGACGAUUCAAUAUUACAGGUUGAUCAAGUUGAGAACCUCAUAAAGUUCUGUCCAACCAAAGAAGAGAUAGAAAUGCUCAAGAACUAUAAAGGAGAUACGGACAACUUGGGAAAGUGUGAACAGUUCUUCUUAGAAUUAAUGAAAGUGCCAAGAGUGGAAAACAAGCUAAGGGUUUUCUCUUUUAAGAUGCAAUUCUGCACCCAGGUUGCAGAUCUCAGAAGGGACCUGAGUAUUGUAAAUUCUACAUCUGAAGAGAUCAGGAACUCAGUCAAGUUGAAAAGAAUCAUGCAGACCAUUCUUUCACUGGGUAAUGCUUUGAAUCAUGGAACUGCAAGAGGUUCUGCUGUUGGGUUCCGGUUGGAUAGUCUCCUUAAACUCACUGAUACACGUGCCCGAAACAACAAGAUGACUCUCAUGCAUUAUCUUUGUAAGGUUCUUGCUGAUAAGCUUCCAGAACUUUUAGACUUCCCCAAAGACCUAGUGAGUUUGGAGGCUUCAACAAAGAUACAAUUGAAAUAUUUGGCAGAGGAAAUGACAGCAAUUGAUAAAGGACUAGAGAAAGUAGUUCAGGAAUUGACUGCCUCAGAGAAUGACGGGCCUGUGUCAGAUAACUUCUGCCAGAUUCUGAAGGAAUUCCUUCACGAUGCCGAAGCUGAAGUGAGAUGUUUGGCUCAACUUUAUGCCAAUGUGGGUAGAAAUGCAGAUGCGUUGACUCUAUACUUCGGAGAAGAUCCGGCACGUUGCCCAUUUGAGCAGGUUGUAUCGACAUUACUCAACUUUGUGAGGAUGUUCGUCCGAGCACACGAUGAAAACCGCAAGCAGAUUGAAUAUGAAAAAAAGAAAGCAGAGAAGGAAGCAGCAGAAAAAGAGAAGUUGAAGCUAGGUUCUAAGGAGUCUGAACAUUUGAUAAGGACUCCCAUCAAGAGUAGGAGCAUUAAGUAGAUUAUUUUUCCAGGCCUCAAGCUGCUAAAAAGAAGUUCCACCCUGAUAAAGUUGCCAUCUAGUUGGCUGAAGAGAACACUUUCCACAACUGCAAAAUCAAUCUUUUGUUGUUUGCAGCAUUGACUUUGAUGAUGACCCAAAGAUAAGUUAUCUAUUGCAAGAAGUGUCAUGCUGCUGGCAUAUGAUGAGAAAAGCAGUUCUAUGGUGUUCACUUCGAUGAGGCAUGGUCAAGUAUUUUUGGGGAUACAACUAAUUUGAUUUAGUAUUGCUCCAAAUUUUUUUGUACUCAGCGAUAGCGAUGUAAAUGCAGAUCUAAUGAUAUAUAUUUUUUCCACUUAAGAUAGAGUAGUAUUUAAGUUUUGUUUUAACUUGAGAACACUAAUUAGAGUAGCCAAUGCUGAAAGUUUUCAGUUAACAACCUUGUGCUACAUGCACUGAUGAAAGCAAAUGCUUUGUAAAUAUGAAGGUAUUGUUUAGAGUACAAGUUAUUCAUUUUCAUAAGUCACCCCCUUUUAUCUGAUUUUGUCAUCUACAGUGCAAACUGCAAAGAGUUUUACAUAGACAUCC